AUGGACAUACAAUCCACAGCAAGGCUGCCUACUUUGCUUUCUGUUCAACACGAUUGUAGACAAGGAACUGUUAGAGCAGUUAGAUUUAAUGUCGAUGGAAAUUAUUGCAUGACAGCUGGAUCAGACAAAUCAGUAAAGCUUUGGAAUCCGUAUAAACGCAUCCAUUUGAAUACCUAUAGAUCAGGAAAUGAAGUUCUCGAUUGUUGUGGUUCUUCAGAUAAUUCACUCAUUUUGGCAGGAGGUCGAGACAAACAACCAACCAUUUUUGAUGUUGAAACAGGAAAAACUUUGAAAAGGUGGAGAGGGCAUGGAGGAACAGUUAAUGCUGUAGCUUUUAAUGAAGAUGCUUCUGUGGCUAUUUCUGCUGGUCAAGACGGAUUUGUUUGUUUACAUGAUGUUCGUUCUCGAGGACCGCCCUUUCAAGUUUUGGAUGAGGCUAGAGAUGGUGUUCUUUGUCUAGAUGUUAAUGCUUACGAAAUAGCUACAGGUUCAGCUGAUGGAAAUGUUAGGAGAUAUGAUAUUCGUGAAGGCCGACUUUUUGUUGAUUUUGUCAAGGAUCCAGUGACUUCAGUUAAUUUAACUGCUGACAAUCAAUGUUUAUUAGUUGCCACAAUGGGUAGCGGUGUUAUUCGUUUAUUUGAAAAAUGUAAUGGACAGUUACUUGCUAGUUACAAAGGACAUCAUAACAGGGAUUUUCGGAUUGAAGCUGGAAUUCUGGCCUCUAAUAAUGAAGUUUUGACAGGUUCUGAAGACGGAAAAGUUUAUAUUUGGGAUUUGGUCGAAAGUACUUUGAUAGCCAAAUUAGAACAUCCAGCAGGUUUCAAAUAUGUCCCCUCACUUUCAACACACCCAAAAGACCCUUGUAUUCUUACUGCUUCUCGUGAAAAGAUUUUUCUUUGGCAGUGUCCAGAAUAG